AUGCAGGAGAUGGUCUGUGAUUGGCAGCUAGCGCGCAAGCGCCAAAUGGAGCCGAGCGCUACUUUUGAGGGUCAAGCUUCUGGGUUUUACAGCGUUUCGUCAAAUGAUGAAAACGAAUAUGUACCAUUGGAAAAACGUGUACGUCUCCCCCCACGCCCGAAAGUAUGUCUACGUUGCCUGGCUGGUGAGAGCGGCCAUAUAACCCACGUCCUUCAGGAGGUCCCGAAA